AUGACAAAUGUCGAUCGAGAUGCAGAAGAUUAUGAUCAGAAUCUCGAAGCCAAAGCCUAUUUUCAAUCUUUCAAACAUCUGAGACGACUGACGAUCUCUAAUCCAAACAACAUCCAACAGUAUGAGGUAAUCUUGCUGAAAAGAGCGAAGAGUUAUGCACUGGUUGGUCUCAAAGGAGAAUUGAAAUCAAAUGAAGAAGAAGUAGAAGUAGAACAUGGCAGAACUUCACCAACAAAGAAGACAAACAAAAACAAAGAUAUUGACGAACAAGAUGAUCUACAAAUCGAAGAAAGACUCGAUAUCAACACACUCGAAGCAAUCAAAAGUGCGUUCAUGCAAGACUUGUCAGAAUCGAAAUCAGGAUGGAUGAAGAAUGUUCAUGUUGAUGCAUCUGGACAAAUGACAUUGCAAGACUUCACUCGAGUUCUCAAACGAUAUGUUGGACGACGUCGAGGAAUCGAUGAACAAAUCGAGAAUCUGUUCAACAAGAUCGAUUAUAAUGCUGAAGAGUUGAUUUCGUGGGAUGAGCUGUGCACAUAUCUACAACUGAACUUUGAUGAGAAAUCAGAUGCUGAACAACGUGCAAAAGAAGUGUCAUUCAUCAUUCCAGCAAAGAUCCAUAAAACACCACAUCGACAUCCAUGUUCGACUAUCGCUCUCUCAGCUGAUCAUCAAUAUUUGGCAUUGGGAAGUGAUGGAACGAUCUCAGUUUGGACAACAAAUGGUGAACCGAGAACGACAAAGUCGAUUGCCUCAAGUGCAGGUAUUUCUCAGACUUUGACAGCAAGAGAACGACUCGAAAAGAGAAAAGAUCAACAAACUCGAUCUCAACCGAAAUGGAUCACUGAUUGUCAAAUCAUUCCCGAGUUCAACAAAGUCGUUGUCAGUACCGGAGAUCGUGAACUUCAGUUUUGGGAUCAAACAUAUUGUUUGAGUACGAAUCGAGAAACAAAACCAAACGAACUUCCAUGUACACAGAUCUCUUCACUUGACAGUACACCCAUCAAACUUAACUAUGGAAUUCCAUCUACAGAAGAGUUGUUGCUUGUGUUUGGUGAUACCGAAGGAUGUGUCAAUAUUUUGAUGUUUUUUGCUGCUCGAGAGAUCCUUCGACUGUUGACGAAUGCUGAGCGGAAGAAAGGUAUUCCAACAAUGGCAUUUGAUCGUUUUCUGGAGACAUUCAAGUGUGAUUAUGUUCGAUGGCAAGUUCAUCGAGAAUGGAUUGGUGAGUCGAAGGGUGUGAGUUAUGAUCCACGAUUGAAUCAGAUCAUUUCAUGUUCGAAUGAUGCUCAAACAGCGGUAGUCAUUGGUUGUAUUCGAACAAGUCCAAGUGCAGAGAUUCAGCUGACAGAAGGUGGUUUUUCUGAACUGAAGUCUCGUUCUGUGAAAUCAGCCGAUCCUAAGUCACGCAAACAUCAAACAACAGCACUGACGGAUAUUACUGAAGAGAAGGCGACAUCGACAUCAUCUCGUGUUCAAUCAAAGCGUAGCUCGACAGCAUCUCAUCAUACUCCUUCAUCUCAAGACCCUCAUUCACGAAGACCAACUGCUAAUGUGGCCGAGGGUAAAGCUGAGCCAGCAAAUGCGACCACAGCAGUGACGGUGUCGGGCAGUGGUAGUGGAAGAGGAGGAGGAGGAGAAGGAGGAUUAGGUGGAGUUCGUUCUCCAGCGAUUGUUCGAACUCCUCAGACUCGAUGUGAAGCUGAUGAAAUAGUGUUCAAAGUGCAGAAAGGUGUUCGAACAUUUGAUCUGUGCACGGAAAAGAAUGUUCUUGUGACUGGUGGAAUGGAUCGAAUUGUGAGAAUCUGGAAUCCAUAUUUGCCAUCUCAACCGAUCGCUCGACUUCGUGGUCAUAAUGCACCUAUAUUUCUUGUGAAGAUUGCAGUGGAAGACAAUCGAUUGUUUUCGAUUUCAACAGACAAGACAGUUCGGGUAAGUGAUGUGUUGAUUAUUNGUGUUCGAACAUUUGAUCUGUGCACGGAAAAGAAUGUUCUUGUGACUGGUGGAAUGGAUCGAAUUGUGAGAAUCUGGAAUCCAUAUUUGCCAUCUCAACCGAUCGCUCGACUUCGUGGUCACAAUGCACCUAUAUUUCUUGUGAAGAUUGCAGUGGGAGACAAUCGAUUGUUUUCGAUUUCAACAGACAAGACAGUUCGGGUAAGUGAUGUGUUGAUUAUUCCUUUUUGUGAAAAUACAUUUUCAUAUACACAUUUAUUGGUGAGACUUUUCGAGUUACAGAAACGAAAAAAGCGCAGAAAUAAGUUUUAA